AGAGCCCUCGGCGCCCGCCGCGAUGUGGGCCGCGCUGCCGCUGCUGUGCGCGGGGCUCGGGCUCCUGGGCGCCCCGGCCCGCGCCGCCGCCGCGCUGUCCGUCAGCUCCCUAGAGAAGUUUCACUUCCAGUCCUGGAUGGUUCAGCACGGAAGGACGUACAGCGCGGAGGAGUUCCCGCACCGGCUCCGGACCUUCGCCAGCAACUGGAGGAAGAUCAACGCCCACAACGCGCGGAACCGCACGUUUAAAAUGGCACUCAACCAGUUUUCAGACAUGAGUUUUGCUGAAAUCCAAAGCAAGUACCUCUGGACGCUGCCGCAGAACUGCUCGGCCACCAGAAGCAACUACCUGCGCGGCACCGGCCCGUACCCGCCCUCGGUGGACUGGCGGAAGAAAGGGGGCUUCGUCUCCCCCGUGAAGAACCAGGGCGCGUGCGGCAGCUGCUGGACCUUCUCCACCACCGGCGCGCUCGAGUCGGCCGUGGCCAUCGCCAGCGGCAAGCUGCUGUCUCUGGCCGAGCAGCAGCUGGUAGACUGCGCCCAGGACUUCAACAACCACGGCUGCCAGGGGGGGCUCCCCAGCCAGGCCUUCGAGUACAUCCUCUACAACAAGGGCAUCAUGGGAGAAGACGCGUACCCCUACAAGGGCAAGGAUGGCGACUGCAAGUUCCAGCCCCAAAAGGCCAUCGCGUUUGUCAAGGACGUCGCCAACAUCACGCUGAACGACGAGGCGGCCAUGGUGGAGGCCGUGGCCCUCUACAACCCUGUGAGCUUCGCCUUCGAGGUGAAGGAAGACUUCAUGAUGUAUAAAAGUGGGGUCUACUCCAGCACUUCCUGCCAUAAAACUCCAGACAAAGUCAACCACGCAGUCCUGGCCGUGGGCUACGGAGAGGAGAACGGGGUCCCCUACUGGAUCGUGAAGAACUCCUGGGGCUCUCACUGGGGGGACAAAGGGUACUUCCUCAUCGAGCGGGGGAAGAACAUGUGCGGCCUGGCGGCCUGCGCCUCCUACCCCAUCCCUCAGCUGUGAGCCGGGCGCGGAGGCCGCCGUGGUCAGACGGGGGGGCCCGCGCCCCGCGCCCCACGGUGGAGGAGGUGGGGACGUCACGCCCGUGCCCAGCCUGGGAACCCGAGGACAGAAGCAGCCUGCCAGCAGCCAGGCGCCCAUCUUGAGACCCGAGAGCCACGGGCUUCAGUGCCUUCGCCACGCCCCCCGCCCCCCCAUGCCUUUCCCGUGGCUCCUCGUCAAUAAACACCUAGGCCUGUG